AGUUAAAUCACUGAAGUCUACAGCUACAAAAGGAUUACUGAAAAAUAGAGUUGCUCAAAAUUCAUACGCAUUUGAUGACUCGCAAGAGUACUCCUCUCCUAAUAAGAAAAUUAACUUUACAGUUUGUACGAAAAAGAGGCCUUUAUCGAAAGCCUAUGUAGAAGGGACCAUAAGUGCAAAAGGGAAGGGCAGAAUUAUGUCUGCAAAGAAAUCAGCCUCAAAUAAAAACUCUAAAUCAUUUAGCACUAACCCUCAUCUAAACAGCUUGGAUAGGAGAAUGUCACCUUCACGUCAAUCUGCGAGGGAUUAUUUUAUCUAUGAAACACAAAGAAACUUCAUAAAUAAUAGAUACCACUUUAAGACUGAUUCAAGAGUAGACGAGAACUUGAAGACUAAAAUUCUACUUCAUAAAAGUAAAGAUAAAGAGGAAAAGCAAAGAUAUAAACAACUUUUUGAGCAAAAAAUUGAAGAAUGCAACAAUUUAAAAGUUCAAAAAUCGAUAUCAAAAGAACUUCAUAAGAAGGACCAAAUGCGAAUAAAAGAUCUCAUCAAGGAUCUGAGUAAAGCAAAUCAAAAGUAUAUCCAGUCUGAAGAAAAAUGCAUCAGACUUCAAAAAGAGAAGGAUCAAAUAGAAUCUAAAUAUGCAAAUCUCGAAGCUGAAAAUGCUAAAAUUGCUACUGCAUUGACCAAAACCAAGGAAGAAGUUGCCAAAUCACAUAUGGAAUGCCAGCAAAGAGAUCAGCAUAUCAUUGAAAUGAGUAUUAAGCAUGAAGAGGUACUUGAAGCAAAGGAUGCGGCUAUUCUUGAGCUUGAGAAAAAGCUUAAACAGCAACAAGAGAGAUAUGAAAAAGAGAUACAAACUUUCAAAGAAACAAAUCAUCACUUGAAAGAGUGACUUGGGAAGCAUAAUGGAGGCGAUGAGGAAGCUAGAUCAGAAUUAAUCCCAGAGUUGGGUGAAACCAGGAUGGAACUGACCGAAAAGAACCAGCCUAAAUUAAGCGUGAGCACAUUUGAUCAAAAUACACCAGUGCAUAAUGGGUCUUCAAGUGUAAACAUGAUAUAAAAAUGUCAGUCAUCAGAUUCUACCCUCAAGUCCUGAAACAGGAAAUGCGAAAGCGAGUCUGAAAUAGAAGCUGUAAUACGCUAAAAAAUACUCUAGUGUGAUAAAUUUAGUUCAUUUCAACCUCA